AUGUCCAGUCAACAAGGAUGUAGCGAGGUUGACUGUCCAGGCGACACACGUAUCACCAUAAAGGCAAAAAUAUCAAAAAAAACUUCUUCCAUCAUUCAUAGAAUUUUUCAAAGAUUCUAGACCAUCAUCUAUCAGAUUUAUUGUCAAAAAUAUGGCAUCAAAAUUAUCGUAUUAUAAUAUUUAUUAUUUAUAAUUUAAAUUAUAACGUGAAUUAAAUUUCAGUUCAAUGUAACUUACAACUAAAUUCUUGUGCUUUAUAAAUUAUAGUGAAGUGUUUUAUUCCUGACAUCUAAAUUAAUUGAAAUGUUUUAAUUGAAUCCGUUAUUCAAAUACAAUUAAAAAUGUCUUUACUCAAAUUACCGAGUAGCUUGACUAAUACUGAAGGUGUGCAUGCGAAAUGGCUGCAAAUUGUGCAGGCUGCUCAAUAUGCCGUGGCAGACGACAUGGAGCAACAGAAUUUAACAGCCAAAGGCAUACGCAUAAAAGAGCGCUCAAUAGCACCAGAAAUCCUUGGCCGGAGCUACAGUAGAUACUGCUACCUCAUCAACCAGAUGUAUGAUGCUUACCUGAACAAUGUACAUAUACAGAGAGCCACUUAUAUACAGGAGAUUAUCAAUAUAUGUAUGAAAAGAUUGUAUGAACUGCGCAAUGAGAUGGUACAUUUGAUAGUGAACGACUAUGUCUACGUAGACGCUGCGUUAGUUCAGCUUCAGUUGACCCCUUACGAUAUACAGAUAAUAAUUCCAUACCAUUUACCUCUGGAAUGCAGAACAGACUCGGUGGAAAAUUUUCUACAGAAAUUGUGGGCAGAGGCUGUCAGAAGAAAGAAUAAAGGACAGAGUAUACUUGACAUACAAGAACAAGAGCCCCAGCCAGCGACCUCGCAGAUCAGGGCAAGUUGGGCUGCAAGUACAGGUUUAGAUGACAAUGUGGUGCCACCAGCGCCUAAACCACCAGCGCCUAAACCUGCUCCUCAGCAAGAUAAAGAAUCUGAAGACUCUGCUAGCGUUAAAGAAAAACUAGUAUACGAGCCUGAGGUUCCAACAGCGUCCACACUCGCGACCGUCAUACAACAGCAUGAGCGAUACAGACAGUGGCUAAUGUCUGAUAUAAAAGGCAAAGCUGCACAACGGAGGCUGUAUUUCAUGGAAACCGCUAAAGAAGCACCCGAAGAAGUCAAACAUAAGGCUGCGAAUAUUAUUCAGAAAGUUCACAGGCAUUUCAUGAAAAUGAAGCGUGAAAGAGUGAAGGAGGCGAGGAGAGAUAUCAUACUGGGUAUAAAGCCAGACCCGUUCAAGCCCAGCCUCAGCUACCCCGAAGAAAAUAUCAAAGUAUACGAAAGAAGAAAGAAGACUAGACUGAAAAUAAACCAGUCGUACUUAAAAGAAUUAGAGAAAGAAAACACAAGAAUAAUUAUGUUCAAGAAAGGAAAUCAAAUCGAUGAUAUCACUGAUGAGAUUAGGAACUGGUUUAAGGAAUGGUUCUACGGUUAUGGCUUCUUCCCUGAAUACCCAUAUGAAAUCGAAGGAGGUACUAUACUAGUUGUCAGGGGUGACUACCCAACUAUAGAAGAAAAACAAGAACUAGAUGAAAAAACGUUAAAAGAGACGAAAGGAAAGACUAAGGAACAGAUGAAAGAAGAAAGGGCUAGAUUGAAAGAAGAACAGAAAAUGAAAGCUCAGUUGGCAAAAGAAACUAAGCGAAAAGAAGAAGAAAACAUGGUAAAGGCUCGAUGCAACCCCUUCUCUGACCCUGGGUAUCAGAUACAGGAGUCUGCUGCACUGCCAUCGGUUAAUGAGGCUCUUAUAGGCUACAGGGCAGCGUGGUCUCUGUUCGAUGAAUUGCCAAAAGAAAAGUUUGGAGAAACAAUAUAUGGGUACAUGAAGCCACUGCUCACUGAGGACCUGAUGAAGAGUAUGCACCUGGAGUGCAGGAAGGUUAUCGAUGAGAUGAUGAGAUUAGAUCUGAAACUGCUGAUACAGAAACACCAAGCAGACUUCAAGUCGAUGGGCAGAAAGUUUCCAAAAAUUAAGCCAAGAAAGAAACCUAAAGCCCCACCAGUACCGAAACCCAUCAUUUACGACAAAAAGCUGAUCAAACAAACCGCGCCAGUUUUUGAUCUAAACUUGGUCACAAAGCCGACGGUAAAACUAAGUGAUGUGUUCGGCGACUUGAAUUAUGCAGCUUAUAACUUUAAUAUUAGAGAUCCAAAUGCAACGUUCCCCUUUCCAGCGUAUGGUGAUAUCAAGGAAAGACUAAGAUUGUCCUGUGUAUUGGGCUGUGGCAUCCAAGAUGGAGCCACCAGGAGGAAGUCUGUGAUGCUGCUAGGUCCUGAAAGGAAUGGCAAGCAGUUCCUCGUUGAUGCUGUUGCUGGGGAGUUAAAUGCCAUUAAAAUCGACAUCACGCCUGAAGUAUUCACCGCCAUUGUCCACAAACCUCUGAAAGUUUUGACCCAAGUCUUCACAACCGCAAAAGCCUUUCAGCCGACUGUAAUAUUCAUGAAAAACGUUGAAAGAGUAUUUGCUACAAAGGUGCCCCCAGAAGAUAAAUAUCUGAAAGCUCAAUCUCUGAAAACAGCUCUAGCGAAACAGAUUAAACAGAUAUCGGCUGACGAUAAAAUUAUUUUUAUUGGAACCUGCAGCAAUCCUUGGGCGGCCAGAGCAAAACCCAUGAUGAAUAUCUUUGAGGAGAUCCUGAUCGUCCCGAGAACUGACUACGGGACUUUGUCGCAAUUUUUGCAAACUAAACUAUUAAACAUAAGGAGCAUUCCAAGAGACUAUUGCGUGCAGUCGAUGGCUCAGGUGCUUCGAGGGUACAGUUUUGGAGACAUCAUCACAGCGUUUGAAGAAGUCAUGACGCCGGAAAGACUUGUUAGACUAAACGUAACACCACUGUCGCCGGGUGAAAUACUAGAGGUGUUGCUACAAAAGGGCUUGGAACCUAUGGAUGUGGUGGAUUUUCAAAAAUACGUCGACUUUAGUAUUCAGUACGGACCUCUGAAGACUGAGCGUGAAAAUUAUGCAAAGAUAAAUUUAUUCAGAGAGGACUUUUAUAAGAAAGAAGCUAAGAAAAAGGGAGAGAAGGAGAAGGGGGCGGCAGCGAACACCUAAACUAAGAUCACCAGAUCAUAUCUCCUCACAUGGAGAAAGUUUGAGCAUUAAUCUCCACGCUUGCUUAAUGCGGGUUGGCGAUUUCAAACUUAUAAUUAGAAAUUAUAAGCCCAGGUUUCCUCACCAUGUUUUCCUUCACCGUUUGUUAGUGGCGUCUAAAUAAUCUUAGAAAGUACAUAUAACUCGGAAAACGUUACAUUGGUUCUUGCUGUUGGUAGGUUUGGCAGCCGCUAUCUCAUGUAAGAGAAGCGGGCGUAAUAAACCUACGGGCUACCAUGAAUGUGGUUUUUACCAACCUUUAAGUGACACCUAACAGUAUAAGUUUAGGUGCAACGUCACGCGAAGUAACUUAUAGUUAAGAUGGAUUACAUAUGGUGAAAAGUGAGUCCACAUUGUAUAGCGGCAUUACGUCCCGUAAUGUGCACCUCUGCCUACCCCUUCGGGGAUAAAAAGGCUUGACGUUAUUUUGUAUGACAACAACAUACCU